UGGAAGGGCGAGAGCGGAGCUCGGAACCCGGCGGCUGGAGAGGAGGAAGAUGAGCGGUCCCGGGUCAGAGCUUCAGGCCCAGUGGACCUCAAGCCGCCCCCAGGAAGCCAGAAGCGGCCUCCGCGGCAGCCGCCAACCCCGGUAGCCUCCCGCGCUCCCCAGGACUGCCGAGGAGGUCGGCCCAAGCCGGGGACCGAGGCUCAGUGCCACCUGCGCCCGCGGCCUCACACCUGAGGGCUCUCCGCCCACGGACUGGACCCGCGGGCUCCGCCAGGCUUGGAUCAUCCUUGGAGGCACGGAAACAUAGAAAGAAACCCAAGAGCAGGCUUCACAGACCCCUAUCCGCUGCCCUUCUAGUUCCGCAAGUUCGUGAAAGCUGGCCACUCUGACCCCAGUUCCAGAACGAGCAGCCCCCGAGACCCGGCUCUGAGAAGGCGGCGGCUAGACAAGAUCCCCAGUGCGCGGGGCGAGGCCGAGGGCAGGCUGAAGGCGUGUCCAGCACCCCUGAGGCUUGGCUCUGGCUGCCGCCGCCGCAGGCACCACAGACCCAGCCGCGCACUUCAAGGCCGCGCACCGCCGGCCACCACCAUGUCCACCCCUGCGGCCAAUGCGUCCGUCUCCUUGAUCCCAAACAGCCCGGUGACCAUCCCGGCGGUGAUGUUCAUCUUCGGGGUGGUGGGCAACCUGGUGGCCAUCGUGGUGCUAUGCAAAUCGCGCAAGGAGCAAAAGGAGACGACCUUCUACACGUUGGUAUGCGGGCUGGCCGUCACCGACCUGCUGGGUACAUUGCUGGUGAGCCCGGUGACCAUUGCCACGUACAUGAAGGGCGAGUGGCCCGGCGGCAAGGCGCUGUGCGAGUACAGCACCUUCAUCCUGCUCUUCUUCGGACUGUCGGGCCUCAGCAUCAUCUGUGCCAUGAGCAUCGAGCGCUACCUGGCCAUCAACCACGCCUACUUCUACAACCACUACGUGGACAAGCGGCUGGCCGGCCUCACGCUCUUCGCGGUCUAUGCGUCCAACGUGCUCUUCUGCGCGCUGCCCAACAUGGGCCUGGGCAGCUCCCGGCGGCAGUACCCGGACACCUGGUGCUUCAUUGACUGGACCACCAACGUGACGGCGCACGCCGCCUUCUCCUACAUGUACGCGGGCUUCAGCUCCUUCCUCAUUCUCGCCACCGUGCUCUGCAACGUGCUGGUGUGCGGCGCGCUGCUCCGCAUGCACCGGCAGUUCGUGCGCCGCACCUCGCUGGGCACCGAGCAGCACCACGCGGUCGCCGCCGCCGCCUUCGCCUCCGCCUCCUGCCGGGGCCACCCGGCCGCCGCCUCCCCGGCCCUGCCGCGCCUCGCCGACCUUCGCCGCCGCCGGAGCUUCCGCCGCAUCGCGGGCGCCGAGAUCCAGAUGGUCAUCUUACUCAUCGCCACCUCCCUGGUGGUGCUCAUCUGCUCCAUCCCGCUCGUGGUGCGAGUGUUCAUCAACCAGUUGUAUCGGCCAAGUUUAGAACUAGAAGUCAGCAAAAACCCGGAUCUGCAGGCCAUCCGAAUUGCGUCUGUGAACCCCAUCCUGGACCCCUGGAUAUAUAUCCUCCUGCAGAAGACGGUGCUCAGUAAAGCCAUGGAGAAGAUUAAAUGCCUCUUCUGCCGCAUCGGCGGCUCCCGCAGAGACCGCUCGGGCCAGCACUGCUCGGAGAGCAGACGGACCUCCUCCGCCUUGUCGGGCCACUCGCGCUCCUUCCUGUCCCGCGAGCUGAAGGAGGUCAGCAGCACCUCGCAGACGCUCCUCUACCUGCCCGAGCUCAGCGACGCGGGCCUGGCGGGCCGGACCCUGCUGCCCGGCGUGCCCGGCAUGGGCCCGCCCCCCGCGGACUCCGCCUCCCUGAGGACGUGGCGGGCCUCCGAGACCUCGGACUCCUCGCAGGGGCCGGACUCCGAGAGCGUCCUGCUGGUGGACGAGCUCGGGGGCAGCGCUGGGCCGGCGCCCAAGGCCAGCGCCCUGCAGGUCACGUUUCCCAGCGAAACGCUGAACGUGUCGGAGAAAUGCAUAUAGCAGCGAAGGGGGAAGCACUGUUUCUGGAAGCUCCUAAACCCUGUGCAAUAGACACGAGUGAAGUGUCCGGCUGCGCUCAGGCCUGUCCGUCUGUCCUGUGACGCACGUGAGAGGACAUCUGGUUUUGAGCACUUUUCAGACCAUCAGGUUGAGUCUCCUGGCUCCUGAGGCCUGAAACACAUUGGUUGCCACCUCUUGAGGGUGGAUUUCGGUCACAACUUGAUCGCCAAGACGGACCCUCCGUUUCCCUUGCCGGGAAGAUGGCAGGAGCUUUGCUCCUUUCAGGACAUCGGGAGCCCCUGGCAGGCGCACGGGGCCAGGUGUGCAGGGCUCCCGCCGGCCAGCCAGGAGGACCGUCUACGGAAGAUUCCAGUGUCUCACUAAAGCAUGAAAUGUGAAUUUUACUGUUGUAAAUAUGAUUUAAGGUAUUUAAAGUAUUUUCUUCUCUGUGAGAAGGUUUAUUGCUAAUACAAGGUAUGAUAAAAAUUAUGGUAACCCCUCUCCUCCCGGUAUAACUAGCUGAAGUUCUAGAUGUUAGUUUUUUUUCGUAAACGAGUUCAGGCCGAGGUAUUGAAAAUGCACAGUGACAUUCAUAUGUGAUAAAUGGACACAGGUUUUUUUUUUAAAAAAGAGAAAUAAUUUAGUACUAUUAAAGGAAUAAAGAAAAAUACUAUUUAAGACAUGAAAAUUACAACCCAAAAUAUUCAAGUUCUUUUGCAAGCUAUGCAUACUUAGGGGAAAAUGUUUAGUGCUGGCUACAUAUAUUUAUCCAGAAUGCUGGUUUCUGGAGAGCCUAACAUGCUGGCCAAUAGUUUCUACUUUUGUCCCCACAGACUGGUACUUUUAAAAUGUAACAAAUUUUUAAAAGCCUUGAAUAAACAACCCAUAGUUGACGUGUACAAUAUAAAAGGAAAAAGUCGAAACAGCUUGUUUCCCCCCUGAAAUUGUGCAUUGUGUUACUUUCCUAAGGAAUGAUCUAGAGCAUCCUUGAAAUUUUAAAAGGAAGACAGACUGCAUGCACCAUAACAACUUUUACUUUGAGAUGUGGAAGGAUUGGUUAAAUUAGCCUUUCCCAGCUGUUAGAAGAAGCUAACAAGAUACGGGGCACAGACGUGGGCACAUAAGGGUCACCUUCUGACAAUUUUGUGCCACGCCCUGUCAUGCUGUACACGUAUGUGAAAGAAACUUUCUCAAAGAAAUAUUAAGCAUGUUUUGUUGCUUACAGUGUUUUUGUGAAUUGCCUGGUUGUAAUUAAAUUCUGAGCCUGAUAGUGAUAUGGUUUCAAGAAGCAGUUUUAUCAACUCAAAUUAUUUUGGAGAUUAUAAUAAAUAAACACUCACUCUGAGUUCCAUAUCCUCGGUUUUGGAGAACAGUGCAGUUUUUGUUUCAGGUUAUCUUCUGCAUCUUUUUCAAUUGGAAUUUAAAACGUUUUAUUUUGAUAUAAUGGCAAAUUUAGAGAAAAGUUGCAAGAAUAGCACAAAGCCUUGGAUCUACUUAGUGGAGAACGGUAUUUAGAAACCAAGACCUAGGUGUGAGGCACACUCAGAACGACUCAUUUGCAUGGGUGGUGGGAGAGACAGUGUGACUUCCUGCUUGUAAGUUCUCCAGAUCAGUGAUUCUCAGACGUUAGCAUGUAUCAGUCACCUGGUGAGCUUGAAAAUGCAGUUUCUGGUUCAGUAGGUCUGGAGUGGGGGGUGCACAUUUCUAAAAAGCUCCUAGUUGAUGCUGACUCAGCCUGUAGGAGGACACACUUCAAGGAGCAAUAGUUCCCAGAAGCGAGGUCAUGAUUUGCUACUUGCAAGUUCUUGAUGUAUUUUUGGAUGAUGUCAGAAAAACAAGACUCUCAUUUUCACAGACCUGAUGGAACAGUGAUUCGCAGCUGAGGCAGGGAUGGCUCAGAAAAAGAGCAUCUAGCUCAAACUUCUAAAAUGUUCUAUUUCACCAGCAGAAAGAGUUGUUUCACCAAUGUAUACUAACCAAGGCCCAAGAAAAUAUUUUACUUGUGAAAGGCUUUUUUCUCCCAUGUACACAAUGAGACAACACCUGGAUUUAUAUAUAAAUGAAUAUAUUAACACUCAUGUUCGUGGGGGAAAACUAAAGCUCAUUCACAAUUAGUAUUACUAAUAUCAGGACAUAAAAUCAAUCAUCCUUUCCUUCAGGCUCACCAUCCAGCAUACUGAUUCUGGCUUAUUUGUAACUGAAAUGUAAUUCACGUAUUUUAAAAUUUGCCUUGUAUGUUAAUUACGUUCACAGAGGGCAAUGAUCACUGCUAUCUAAUUCCAGAACACAUUCAUCAUCCUACAAAGAAAACACAUACCCAUUCACAUUCACUCCUUAUUCUCUGCCCCAGUCCCUGGCAGGCACUACAUGGAUUUCCCUAUUCUGGGCAUGAUGGAAUCAUACAAACAAUAUAUGUGUGUGGCCUUAACUGUCUGGCUUUUUUCACUUAGCAUGUCUUCAAGGUUCAUCCAUAUUGUAGUAUGUCAGUACUUCCUUUUUCGUGGCAGAAUAAUAUUCCACAUGGAUCUACUGUUUAUCCAUGCAUCAGUUGAUGGGUAUUUGGGUUUCCACAUUUGGCUCUUAUUAAUGAUGCCAACAGCAUGAUUAUUAUUAAUGCUGUACACCUUUUUGUGUUAAUAUGUUUUCAAUUCUGUAUAUCUGCAGUGAUAUUGCUGGGUCAUAUGGUAAUUCUGUUUAAUUAUUUGAGGACCUGCCAAUUUUCCCAAGUGGCAACACCAUUUUACAUUCUCACCAGCAAUGUACAAGGGUUCCAAUUUCUCCACAUCUUAUCCAUACUUGUUAUUGUCCAAGUUUCUGGUUAUAGUCAUCCUAAUGUGUGUGCAUGGCCACACUGUGGUUUCAAUGUGCAUUUCCCUAUUUGACUAAUGAUGCUGAGAAUCUUUGCAAAUGCUUAUUGGCCAUUUGUAUAUCUUAUCUGGAAAAAAAAUGUCUACUCAAAUCAUUUUAGUUGGGUUAUACGUCUGUAUUAGUUUGCUAGGGCUGCCAUAAUAAAAUACCACAGACUGGGCAACUUGAACAGAAAUUUAUUUUUUCACAGUUCUGGAGGUCCAAGGUCAGGGUGCUGGCAGAUCUGGCUUCUGGUGAGUGUUCUCCUGCUGGUUUGCAGAUGGCCACCUUCUUGCUGUAUUGUCAUACGCCCUUUUCUCUGGGCACACACAACCCCGGUGUCUCUCUCCUUAUAAAGACACUAGUCAUGUUGGAAUAGGGCUCAACCUUAUUACCUCAUUGAACCUUAAUUAUCUCCUUAAAGGCCCUAUCUCCAAAUAGUCACAUUGGGAGUUAGAGCUUCACCAUCUGAAUGGGGGCUGGGGGUGCAAUGCAGCUCAUAAAAAUGUCUUUAUUAUUGGGUCUGGCUUAUUCUUACUAGAAUAUCCUUUUAUCCUUUCGACCCAGCGAUCCCACUUCUGGGAAUAUUUCCUAAGAAUCCCGAAACACCAGUGAGAAAGAAUAUAUGCACCCCUAUGUUCA